CAAGGAAUGGGCUGGAUGAUGCGUAAAGCCCUCGGCCUCGCAACCGUAACCCUCUCAAUCCACUCGUUCCCGGACGCCGCCGAGCCCAGCGUCCUGCACAUCGACAUCGACCAGACCGUGACGGGGGGCAUCAAAGGCACGACCGAGCGGCGGCUCAGCGACGGCAAGAAGCGCGAGCACCAGGACCACAUCUUCGGGAAUGUGCGCGGGUGCUCGAAGCUGUUCCGGGGGUCGAAGGGCGAGGAUGCUGAUGGGAAGGUCCGUCCCUAUUUGAAGUUUGACUCGGAGACCGAGGAUCCCCUCGUCUUUCGGUUCUUGAGGGGCGAGGUGUUGGCCGAUGGGAAGGAGUGUGAGGGGUUUCUGGUUGAGGAGUUGGGUGAGGAGUAUGGUGAGGGUGAGGGGCUUUGGUUACAGAGCUUUGUUGAGAAUUUGGAUGUUGGGUGGACGGCUGAACAGAUCUGGGGGUUCGAGAUCAUUGAUGGGAAGCGCUACUAUACUCGUCGCGUGGCAGUUGUCAAGGAUGGCUCCUACAAGUUGGCCCGCUUCGUCUACAGCUACAUCAGGCCGAGGGCUGACUGAGGGCUGAGCGUGUG